AUGCGGAUCCUGCUGCACUCCCACUUCCCCGCAGGCCACGCCUAUCCCAUGCAGGCCGUCGCCCAGGCGCUCGUCUCGCACGGCCACGACGUCGUCUGGCUUACCUCGGCCGGCAACGAGGCGCGCGUCCGUGCAACCGGCGCCGCCUUUGUCCCGACUCGCGCCCUCGCCAGCCUCGACGAACCUUUGAUGCGGCGGGACGCGACGGGUCUUUUCGAGCCUCCCAGGAUCCAGCUUCGCGGGCGGCUGGCGGCGCAGUUGGCCGACUACCGCGCGGUGCUGGCUGAUUUCCGCGCCGAUGUGCUGCUCGUCGACGUCUUUCCCCAUGGAGCCCGGGCGCUGUACGAGAUGGGCGAGAUUCCCGUCUAUGCUACACUGGGCGUCAUUCCGCUGUAUGCUUCGACGGCGGCCUCCCCUAUGCCGGCGUCCGGCAAGCCGCCCCCUGCGUCCUGGAUUGCCGUGUUGGCAAAUGCCGUCCUCCAUACGCUCCGUCGAUGGGUCUUGCUCCCGCGGCAGGUUAAUUCAGUCAUCGAUUGCCAGAGGGCCGAGUUUCGCCUGGGCAAACUUCCGUACGGCGAGCCUCCCGAGUUUUUUGCCUACAGUCCGCACCUCCACAUCCAGGCAUCAUCCCCGCGGCUCGAGUUCUUCCAGAAACCCAGUUCGCCGCAGCACCAACGCAACACAAUGUAUGUCGGUCCGCUCGUGACGAAGGGCUCCGUCGACACGACCAGUCUUCCAUCGUGGUGGCCCGAGGUUGUUGCGCACAGCCGUGUCGUUGGCGUCACGCAAGGGACGCUGGCCAUGGACCCGACCUCACUCAUCCUUCCGACAAUCUUGGCGUUGCGAGAUGACCCGACAGUCCUGCUUGUCGUGGUGUCGCCGUAUGUAAAAGACAUAGAAGCUCAAAUCAGGCGUCCAAGCAACGUUCGCUACGCUACCUGGAUGCCGUACAAUGUCCUCCUACCCCAGCUGUCCCUGCUCAUCACCAAUGGCGGCUACGGAAGCAUCACGCAGGCGAUUUCGCACAAGGUCCCGCUCCUCUGCGCAGGGCAGUCCGAAGACAAGAGAGAUACGGCGGCGCGGGUCGUUUGGGCCGGGGUCGGCAUCGAUCUCAAGACGGACAGCCCGACACCCGAGCGCGUCGGAAAUGCGGUGCGACAGAUUCUCGACGACAGUGGGUACCAGGAAAGAGUACAUGUCGUUGGCGACGAGCUCAACGGCCUCGGGGGUGCCGAGACUGCAUGUGUGCUUCUCGAGACGUUGGUCGCAGACUCUACAGCGGGGCCAUGA